GAUCGAUUUCAUAAUUAAUUUGUUCAACAUUAUAUUAAUGAAUUAAAAAACUUACCUAUUUGCCUAAAUAACAUAAUAUCCAUUUCCAUUACAUUGUAGUAAUAAUUUUGGUAUCAAUGAAGUUCCUAUAUAGGGACCUUACCUUAUAACAUCUAUAUAUCUUACUAGCAUUCCUUUUUGCACUACUAUUUCAUUAAUCCAAAACUCUUUCUACUCAAUUCCAAGAACUCAUGUUUGCACAACUAUUUCAAUCCCUAGAGGCUACAUCAUCUCUAAUUAUAACCCUCCUCAUACCCACUCUAAUUUUCUUUUUUGUUUUAAAAACAAGAUUUCGACGACGACGACGAAAACCUUAUCCACCCGGGCCUAAAGGAUGGCCUUUGAUCGGCAACAUAGACAUGAUGAACCAAUUAACCCACCGUGGCCUGGCCAAGCUGGCCAAGCAAUACGGUGGGGUCCUCCACCUCCGCAUGGGCUUCCUCCAUGUCGUCGCCAUCUCCACCCCUGAUGGGGCCCGCCAGGUCCUUCAGGUCCACGACAUCAUUUUCUCCAACCGCCCAGCGAAUAUCGCUAUUAGCUACCUAUCCUACGACCGAGCCGACAUGGCUUUCGCUCACUACGGGCCCUUCUGGCGCCAGAUGCGCAAGCUCUGCGUGAUGAAGCUCUUCAGCCGCAAACGGGCCGAGUCCUGGGACUCGGUCCGUGACGAGGUGGACAGCAUGGUCCAUGCCGUGGCUGAGACUGCCGAUGGUAGCUCGGCUGUGAACAUCGGUGAGCUCGUGUUUGGACUCACGAGGAAUAUUAUAUACCGGGCCGCAUUCGGAACGAGAUCAAACGAGGGGGGCCAGGGUGAUUUUAUCGAGAUCUUGCAGGAGUUUUCGAAAUUGUUUGGCGCGUUCAAUAUUGCCGAUUUUGUACCUUGGUUAGGUGGAUUGGAUGUUCAGGGAAUUAAUAAGAGGAUGAUAAAGGCCCGUGAUUCGCUCGAUGGAUUCAUCGAUAGCAUAAUUGAUGAGCAUAUGAUCAAGAAAAAGAAGGCUAAAAAUAAUGGUUUGAUUGAGCAAACUAGUAAUCUUGAUACGGAUAUGGUGGAUGAGUUGUUGGAUUUUUAUAGUAGUGAAGAUGAUGCCGAAGUAUCCGAGUUGUGUGAGCAGGAUUCCCACAACUCAAAUAUCAAACUCACCAGGAAUAACAUCAAAGCUAUUAUUAUGGAUGUGAUGUUCGGUGGAACUGAAACGGUGGCUUCCGCCAUCGAGUGGGCCAUGGCGGAGCUAAUGAAAAGCCCGGAAGAUAUGAAGAAGGUACAACAAGAGUUGACAAAUGAAGUGGGCUUGGCCCGCAAAGUAGAAGAGCCCGACUUGGAAAAAUUAACUUAUCUCCGGUGCUGCCUGAAAGAGGUCCUCCGCCUCCACCCACCAAUCCCUCUCCUCCUCCACGAGACCGCCGAAGACGCCACCGUUUCGGGGUACCACAUUCCGGCCAAAUCGAGGGUCAUGAUAAACGCGUGGGCUAUCGGACGCGACGAGAGUGCGUGGGAAGACGCAGACGAGUUCAAGCCCUCGCGUUUUCUCAGAGACGGCGUACCGGAUUUCAAAGGGGGUAACUUCGAGUUCAUUCCUUUCGGGUCGGGUCGGAGAUCCUGCCCAGGAAUGCAGCUGGGGCUCUACGCUCUUGAAACGGCGGUGGCCCAUCUUCUGCACUGUUUUACAUGGGAAUUGCCAGAUGGCAUGAAACCGAUUGAUUUGGACAUGAGCGAUUUGUUUGGCCUCACUGCGCCGCGGGCCGAGAGGCUGGUGGCGGUGCCGACCCCGCGGCUGCUUUGCCCGCUUUAGGUGAAUGGCGUUGGAAGCGGCGGCGGCGCGUGGUAAUAAAUGCACACCAUGAGUGAAAAUAGUCGAUUAUGUAAAUUGAAUAAAAAAUAAAAGAAAUGAGUAAAUCCAAGUCAAAUUUAAAUAUUAUAUUUUUAAACAUUGCAUGUGGUUGUAAUGGUAUAUAGUUGAUCUGGAUUUUAACCUACUGUUUUGGAAUCUUUGAUUAUAGAAUGUGGAAGACAAGGACAUUGUCGUAAUUUGUGCAAA